GCUGCGGCGGCGGCGCUUCCCGUGCCCUCCUCGCGCGCGCCCUCGAGCCGCCUCCUAGCGGCGCGGCUCCUCCGCCUACAAUGACAAAUGUGUGAUUUCAGUGGAAUAAAUGGCGUCCAAAGUUACAGAUGCUAUAGUCUGGUAUCAAAAGAAGAUUGGGGCAUAUGACCAACAAAUAUGGGAAAAAUCCCUUGAACAAAGAGAAAUCAAGGGGUUAAGGAAUAAACCAAAGAAAACAGCACAUGUGAAACCAGACCUCAUAGAUGUUGAUCUUGUAAGAGGGUCUGCAUUUGCUAAGGCAAAGCCUGAAAGUCCUUGGACUUCGCUGACUGGAAAGGGAAUAGUUCGAGUGGUAUUUUUUCCUUUUUUCUUCCGAUGGUGGUUACAAGUAACAUCAACAGUCAUCUUUUUCUGGCUUCUUGUCCUUUAUCUUCUUCAAGUUGCUGCAAUAGUAUUAUUCUGUUCCGCUUCUAGCCCACAUAGCAUACCUCUGACUGAAGUGAUUGGGCCGAUAUGGCUAAUGCUGCUCUUGGGAACUGUGCACUGCCAGAUUGUUUCAACAAGAACACCCAAGCCUCCUUUAAGUACUGGGGGUAAAAGAAGAAGGAAAUUAAGAAAAGCAGCACACUUGGAAGUACACAGAGAAGGAGAUGGGUCAAGUACCACAGAUAACACACAGGAGGGAACAGUUCAGAGCCAUGGUACAAGUCCCUCUUACAGUGUUGGUGCUGUCUUCAGAGACCUCUGGCAUGCUGCUUUCUUCUUAUCAGGAUCCAAGAAAACAAAGAAUUCAAUUGAUAAAUCCACCGAGACUGAUAAUGGUUAUGUAUCCCUUGAUGGGAAAAAGACUGUUAAAAGCAGUGAAGAUGGAGUGCAAAGUCAUGAACCUGAGUGUGAGACUCUUGGGCCAGAAGAGGCAGCUUGGAACACAGGAGCUCUGAGGAACAUCACCAGCAAAGAUACCCAAAGGACAGUAACAAAUGUCUCUGAUGAAGUCUCGAGUGAGGAAGGUCCUGAAGUGGAAUAUCCAUUACGACACCAUGUUGAUAGGACUUCUGAGAACAUCCUUCGGAAUAGAAAGUCACACAAUUAUAAGAAACAUUAUCCUAUUGAGGAUGCCCCUAAAUCGGGUACUAGUUGCAGCUCUCGCUGUUCAAGUUCCAGACAGGAUUCUGAGAGCACAAGGCCAGAAUCUGAAACAGAAGAUGUAUUAUGGGAAGACUUGUUACAUUGUGCAGAAUGCCAUUCAUCUUGUACCAGUGAGACAGAUGUGGAAAAUCCUCAAAUUAAUCCAUGUGUGAAAAAAGAAUAUAGAGACGACCCUUUUCAUCAGAGUUAUUUACCCUGGCUCCAUAGUCCCCACCCAGGAUUAGAAAAAAUAAGUGCUAUAGUAUGGGAAGGCAAUGAUUGUAAGAAAGCAGAUAUGUCUGUACUUGAAAUCAGUGGUGUGAUCAUGAACAGAGUGAACAAUCAUAUACCAGGAAUAGGAUACCAGAUUUUUGGAAAUGCAAUUUCUCUAAUCCUGGGUUUAACUCCGUUUGUUUUCCGACUCUCCCAAGCUACAGACUUGGAACAACUCACAGCAUAUUCUGCAUCAGAACUUUAUGUGAUUGCUUUUGGUUCUAAAGAAGAUGUUAUAGUUCUUACUAUGGUUAUAAUAAGUUUUGUGGUUCGUGUAUCUCUGGUAUGGAUUUUCUUUUUUUUGCUCUGUGUAGCAGAAAGAACUUAUAAACAGCGAUUGCUUUUUGCAAAACUCUUUGGACAUUUAACAUCAGCAAGGAGGGCUCGAAAAUCUGAGGUUCCUCAUUUCCGAUUGAAGAAAGUACAGAAUAUAAAAAUCUGGCUCUCUCUUCGUUCUUACCUUAAGCGUAGAGGUCCUCAGCGUUCAGUUGAUGUGAUAGUUUCAUCUGCUUUUUUACUAACUAUCUCCGUUGUGUUUAUCUGUUGUGCCCAGUUGCUUCAUGUACAUGAAAUCUUUCUUGACUGUCACUACAAUUGGGAGCUGGUAAUUUGGUGCAUUUCAUUAACACUUUUUCUUCUAAGAUUUGUUACCCUUGGCUCCGAAACAAGUAAAAAAUAUAGCAAUACCUCAAUAUUACUUACUGAACAGAUAAACCUCUACUUGAAAAUGGAGAAGAAACCUAAUAAAAAAGAGGAACUGACACUCGUGAAUAAUGUUUUAAAACUGGCUACUAAACUGCUAAAGGAACUAGAGAGCCCCUUUAGGUUAUAUGGGCUUACCAUGAACCCACUGCUUUAUAACAUCACCCAGGUUGUCAUCUUGUCAGCUGUUUCUGGCGUUAUCAGUGACCUGCUGGGAUUUAAUUUAAAGCUGUGGAAGAUUAAAUCAUGACAAUUGAGAGAAAAGAAGAUGUAGCCUCUUUUCCAGAAUAAGAGUACCAACUAAGCUGCCUGAAAGCAGUCUCUGACACUUGACUUCGGGAGUCUCAGCUGGGAAAUUGAAGUGUUUACAUCACACUGUGUUGUGCAAUUCUUCUAUUUAUUUUACUUUUUCACUGUUGGGUUGGUUUUGUUUAUUUUUUUAACAUUAUUUUAGACUUUAUAUUUUAUUUUAUUUUUUAAGUUGUUGAAAGGGUGAUAAAACUGAUACACAGAUACUUGAGAUCCUGGUAAUUGCUCAUAAAUAAUUGAGAAGACAAGUCAUGAAACUAGAAGCCAUUGUUUAGCACUAUUUUUCCAUCAAUGCCGUGAACUUGCCUUACCUGAAGAAAAGUUCCUUAAUUUUAGAAUAUUGCUUUGGACUCAGCUAAAUAUACAAAGCAUUUUCUUCGGUAAAUCAAGAUCCAGUCAGGGUUUCUCUUGAAUUAUUUUGGAACAAUGCCAGGAUCUAAACUGAUUAAGCUGCAGUUUAAGCACCCUCAGUAUUAAUAUAUAUGGUGUUACGUAGCAUAACAGGUCAACAAGUGCUCUUUGAUGAUAAAACCCUUAAUAGAGCAAUAAUUGUAAAUGGUUACCAUACUGUAAGAUAUUUUGAUAAAAAUUAACUAGUAAUAAUUGUAUUUAUUUGAAACACUGGGCUGUUUGCACAGCUCUAACUGUGCAUGCUCAAAAUGUGCACUUUUUAAAAUUGUUACUUUUAAUGCAUAUCUUUAUAUGGAAUAUGUUAUAGUUACUAGGGCAUGAAAUGGUAUCCUUUUGAGUGAGAUAUGGGGGCCAGAGUUAUAUUACAGUUGGUAGGGCACUUGCCUUGCGUGUGGCCAACCUAUGUUUGAUCUCCAGCAUCCCAUAUGGUCCUUGUGCACUGCCAGGAGUAAAUCCUGAAUGCAGAGCCAGGAGUAACCCCUGAGUAUCGCCAGGUGUGGGCCCUCACCACCCCCAAAAAUGAAGUGCCUAUUGAUUACUAAAGUACAUUUUGUUUACUCAAGUAAAAUAAUUUUCUUCCCUUAGUACUUUGUGGUGUAUGCUAUUCAUACCACAGUCAAAUAAACAAUGGAACCAGUAGAAUAUUCUCCUAAUUACCAAUUAUAAAACCACAUCCAAAUUUUCAGGAAAAUUAGUUUCAGUGUACAAAUUCCAUCCUCUAAACUAAAUAUGGUACAUUCCCCCCCCCCUUAUCCCCAUUUGUAUAAGGGCUAUUUUAGAUGCUUUUAACCUGGAUGUUUAACCCAGCCCCCCUGGCACCAUCUCCCAAAUAAUUUUUGACAAGGACUUACUGUGUUGGCAUGUUAGGUAAAUAGGGUGACUAUGGUGGUAUCUUACAUCAGAUCUUGGUUUUAAUUUCUCAUAUUUGUACAAUCAAGAAUGUUAUAGAGAUUACACAAAACAUGAAGUGUUUUUGCAUUUAAGAAAACUGGGCAGCUAGUUUCUUAUGCAUUUAUUUGAAACAAUCUCAAAUUUUCUUGGUGCAGAAUGUAUCAUGAUGAGUAUCCUUACAUUUUUACCCUAUUUUAGGAUAUUUAAAAUAAUUAAUUGCAAGUGAUUUUUUUUAGUGCAGUUCUGAUUCUUAAAUCAUUAUCUUAAGCCCAGGAAUGUGUGAAGAAUGUAGCCAUGUCAUGGUAGCACUUGGCUCUUACCAUUCCUUCUGAUCAGCCUAGUUGUACAGUAUAUUUUCUUUCUGUAGUAAACAGCAUAACGCAUUUGUUUUAUUUGCUUGUGUUCUAAUAUGUUUAAUAAUGACCAAAGUGCAUUCUGAGUCUUUUUAAGGAAUGUAUUACUGGAGCUUUAAGAACAUACUUAUUUCCUCAUGUGAAAAAUUAGGCUUUGUUUCUCCUUCCACUAUUGUCUAAUGUUGAGGUUGUUUUUAGGAAUUAUAUUUUAUAAACUUUUUCAUAAUAAGGUACAUACCUAUACAGAACUUAACAUUUUGCACAGAAUAUAUCAAAUAUAUUUUGAGAAAAAAGUACAGCAUGAGUUCUGUUAGGAAAAAAAGAUGAAACUAUUGUAUCUCACCAAAAAAAAAAAAAAACUUAUUUCAGAAUGGAAAUAUUUUUGAGAAAAGUAGCUGAGUAUACUGAUUUAGGAAAAUACUUGUUUUGGAUUGAAACUCAUUUUAACUUAGUUGGAAGUUGAUAUAUUAAGUAAGUAUACCUCUCCACAACUUGAUAAUAAUACGUUGUAUUAUGUCACUAAUGUGAACAGCAGUAGAAUACUAAAAGAAAAAGUUGUCAUUUUAAGCAACUUCAGAACAUUAAUGGAACUGUUUUCAAAGAAGAAAAGUUGAAACAUUGCUGCCUUUAAAAUUCUAUGAAUGAAAGAAAUUGUCGUGUCAAAACAGAAUUGUGGCAGGUGUUGUGUGUCAACUGUUGUUUCUUUGCCACAUGUAUUUGAGAGUUUUAACACCAAGUUUAAAAUAAAACUUUUUACAACUGA